AUGGCUUACGGAGGAGCUCCUAGGGCGCUCGAUGUGUCACAGUUUGAACAUGUGAAAGACUGGCAAAAUACCUUCCAGUUAGUCAUAGCCACUGAUGAAAUAAGAACAUUUGCCAUCUUCAACUAUGCUCGGCUCAAUUGGACAACUAGUAAUGAAGCUGGAGGUCUCAACGGAUUCGGUGGUAAACAAGCCGCUGUCGCUGGAUUCAACGGCGGAAACGGUACCGGCUGGUAUCAACUACCGUACUCCGGACACGGUAAGAAAAUGCUACUUCGG